AUGUCACCCGAAGAACCUUCUUCAGUGCAGGCUAAGGAUGAUUCUUCAGGUGAUGUAACAGCAUGUGGUGCAUAUAAUCUUCUUGGAUCUCUGAGCUUUCUGCCUUCAGGUCCUGCCCCCGCAGAAAAGAUUGAAAAAGAUCCAUUAUUUACCUACUAUUUCAAGGAAACAAAAAAAAAAAAAAUUGCUCCCGAUUUCUCAGUUAUCAACCCAAACCGAAAAAGAGAAAAGGGAAACAAAGAGGCAAACCUGCAACACAACAGAGCAUAUAAUAUCGGCAUACUUGACUGCCAAAUUGAGCGACAUACACCUCGCCGGAGCCACCGCAUAGCACCUAAUCAGACUCCUUGGUAUCCCUCCCAAUCUGUCCCCCGAGUGGCCGGCGAACACCAUCUUGUACUGCCGUCCGGUCUCCUCCCACAGCCUCCCCAGAGUCUCCGACUCCUCGUUCAGAACCCACGCCGCCGAUUUCAGAAGGCCGUGGUGCACAUACCCGCCAUCGAACAUCUGCCGUCCCAGCCGGUUAUCCAGCAGCAGCUUGUAGUCGCUCUCCUUCACCAGAUUCAGGCCGCGCAUGGCCAGCACGAUCUCGCGGUGGUCGUGGUCCAGGUAGAUCAGGUACGGCGGGGCCCGGCCGCCGGUCUGCUCGUAGGCCACGCGCUUGACCACCCAUUCCGGGUUGACCCCGCCGGCGGGGGCGUACCUGGGGCAGCUGAGAUCCGGCUCGUAGACGGCGAGGAUGACGCGGCAGAUGCGGGGGACGGGGUUGAACUCGCCGGCGGUGGCGGCGGGCCAGGCGGCGCUGUCGUCGGAGCCGAUGUAGGUGCAGCGCUUCCAGGCCCAGCGGACGCAGCCGAGGAUGACGACGCACUCGACCCCACACGACACGGACAUUUCAUCGAGCGGGUUGUGCGCAGCUCAGGUGGAAGGGGUCUGAAAUACAGCGAAUUCACGUGGGAAGUCCAGGCAGGGGGAGUGGAGGUUCACGUGGGCCGGGCUGUAAAUGGGUUUUUGGUAAAGGAUGGUGGUGAAUGUGAAUCUAAGGAUUGGGAAAGCGAAAUCAAUGGAGAAAAAUUUGGUGCCGGAACAGAUAUCUUGGUCGGGAACUUCCUAAGCUCGUCUAAUUCUCCAUCGAGCUACAAGAAAAUCAGGAUCCACAGUGAACUGAUGAAAGUGCUUGCUGCCAAAAACACAUUGCUACUGAGGAAGAACUCCGCACGAUGCGCUGAGCUUCUUGAAUCCAUAGCUGGAAUUGUGCUGUUCAGAACUGAUCCAUUUCGUUCACUGCAUAAUAAAACACAUACCAAAAUAUCCAAUAGCCACCCCAUUAAAAUCACAACUCCCGGGCGCCUUCCCCAUCUGGUGAUAAUACGCAUCGAACGCAUAAUUCGCGUGCGCCUCCACCGUAUCAGGCUCGUAACACGCUUGCCCCUGCAUCAGCUCCGAGCAGUCCACCUUCCCGGGCCCACAAGCCCAGUCGAGCGCCGCCUGCAGCAUCUUCUCGUCCGCCCCCGACUUCGCCGCGCAGUACGUCUGGUUCGUCGUGUCGUUCGCCAGGACCAACCCCGUCCCCGUCACGUGCAGCACGUAAACGGGCCUCCCGUCCGCCUCGAAGAGCCCCCAAUUCUUCUCCGACUCCGGGCCCGGCUUCAAAUCCUCGUUAUAAAGCUCGUAAAUGUAAGUACUAACCGCCAUCCCCGGCCGCUUGGGCGUCCCAGUUUUAUUAAUCACGUGUCGUAUCAAAUUACUGUUGUACGUGUUGGCGUUUUCCAAAUUCGCGUCGUUCUCGUCCGUCCCUCCUCGCGACGGCCAUCCCGUCUCCGUCACCAAAACCGGCACGCUCGUAAAGUCGGCCAUCGCGAAGUAGGCGGCGUCGAUUAUCGCGUCGAAAACGUUCGUGUAGUGGAGCAACGUGUUCGCGUCGACGGCUUCUUUAUUCGGGGAGAGCGGUCGGAAGAGGGCGUAGUCGAGCGGGAUGACCCCGUUGGAGGAUAUGUAGUCGAAGUACGGGCCCGGGGCCCACGUGCGGUUGAAGAAGGCUUGGGAAGGGGGGAAGGAGUCGAGGAUGAGGGAGGAAGGGAGGGGAGUCGAGACUUUUACGUAGCGGUCGAUAUUCAAGGCGACGAGGGCGGAAUGGAUGUGGGUGAGGGCGGUGACGAGGACGGGGGCGAGGUUGGGGAGGGCGGUGGGGACCUCGGAGCCGACGCAGACGGAGGUGAUGUUGGUGGAGGGGAAGUGGGAGGCGACGUUGUGGGAGACCCAGUUGGCGGCGGUGGAGUUCGAUUGGGCGAUGGCGAGGAGCUCGUCGUUGGGGACGGAGACGGAGACGCGGAUGCCGGUGCCGGCGAGGGCGGCGAGCAUGGCGCGGUCGGCGUUGUAGAGGCGGACGUGGCGGAUGUUUUGGGAUUUGAGGAGGGCCGCGACUUGGGUCGGGUGGGGGGCGUCUGA